CACACAUUUAUCAGCUGACUCAUCAUUUAUUGCCAAUUCAUUCAGUGUGUCGGUGUGCUGCUCGUGCUUUUUUGUGUCAUAAUUUUUCAAUUUCAAAAAAAACAAAAUAAAAAACAAAAGAAAAACAAAUGGAACAAGAUGAUCGAACACCAUUACAUCGUGCCAGUUCAAAUGGUCAAAUUGCAUUGGUAAGAAAACUUGUACAGGAUGGUGCCAUAAUUGAUUGUCGUGAUGAAAUGGAAUGGACACCAUUGAUUAUUGCCUCAUCAGCCGGUCAUAAAGAUAUUGUUGAAUAUUUGGUCAAUAAAGGUGCCGAUGUUAAUGCAGCUACCGUUAAUGGUCAACGAGCAAUACAUUAUGCUGCAUCAAAAGGUUGGCUAGAUAUUUGCCAUUAUUUAAUCGAUUCUGGUGCCAUUGUUGAUGUUCGUGAUCGAUUAAAACAAACACCAUUACAUCGUGCUGUUGCACGUGGCCAUGAAGAUAUUGUCAAAUAUUUUCUUACACUAUCGAAUAUACCGAUUAAUGCAUCCGAUAUGGUUGGUAAUACACCAUUACAUUUGGCAUGUGAAGAAGAAUGUGAAUCAAUUAUAAAAUUAUUAAUACAAUCAGGUGCCAAUAUUGAUUCUAUUAAUGAGGAUAAAAAACAACCAAUUGAUCUAUGUACUGAUCAUUCAUUUCAACGUUCAAUACGUAAUUUUAUGGCCAAUCAUCAUCAACAACAACAACAAAAACCAAUCAAAUGAUGGAAUAAAAAUCCUGUCUUCAUUUCAUAUAUGU